AUGGCUGACGAGAUCGCCCCGGAGUACGAUGUUGUUGUGCUGGGCACAGGAUUGACUGAGUGCAUCCUGUCGGGCGUGCUCAGUGUCAAGGGGAAAAAGGUCCUCCACAUCGACCGCAACGGCCACUACGGCGGUGAGGCGGCGUCGGUUAACCUCGAGGCGCUCUUCAAAAAGUAUGGUAACUACGCGAAGGGUACCGAACCCUGGAAGAACUACGGCCGCCUCAACGACUGGAACAUCGACUUGGUACCCAAGUUUCUCAUGUCAUCCGGGGAGUUGACCAACAUCCUCGUUUCCACCGACGUCACCCGCUACCUCGAGUUCAAGCAAGUCGCUGGCAGCUACGUCCAACAGGGCUCCGGGCCCAAGGCCACCGUUGCUAAAGUGCCCUCCGAUGCCGCCGAGGCCCUCCGUUCGCCCCUGAUGGGCCUUUUCGAGAAACGCCGCAUGAAGAGCUUCAUCGAAUGGGUUGGUUCUUUCGACCCCAAGGACACCGCCACGCACAAGGGUCUUGACAUGGGCUCUUGCACCAUGCGCGAGGUCUACGACAAAUUCGGCCUCGAGGCCACAACCAAGGACUUUGCCGGACAUGCUAUGGCUCUCUACCUGACCGACGCCUAUCUCGACGUCAAGGGCGGCGCCCCCGAGGCUAUCGAGCGCCUGCGUCUCUAUGGCAACAGUGUGGCCCGCUACGGCAAGUCGCCAUACAUUUACCCGUUGUAUGGUCUGGGCGAGCUACCCCAGGGGUUUGCCCGUCUCAGUGCUAUCUAUGGCGGCACCUACAUGCUCAACGCUAGCAUCGAUGACAUCAAGUACGAGGAUGGCAAGGCGGUAGGAAUCAAGGCUACGAUGCGCGGUAUCGACCCCGAGAUGAAGUUCGAGACCAAGGCCAAGACAAUCAUUGGUGAUCCCAGCUACUUCCCCAGCAAGGUCCGCGUUGUCGGCCACGUCCUGCGCGCUAUCUGCAUCCUUAAGCACCCUCUCGCAAGCACCAACGACAGUGAUUCAUGCCAGAUCAUCAUCCCGCAGUCGCAAGUCGGCCGCAAGAAUGAUAUCUAUAUCGCCUGCGUCUCUUCUGCCCACAGCGUCUGCCCCAAGGGUUACUGGGUCGCCAUCGUCUCGACCAUUGCUGAGACCUCGGCCAACCACCACCUCGAGCUUGCCCCCGGCAUCGAGCGCUUGGGCCGCAUCGAAGAGCAGUUUAUGGGCCCACCCAUCCCACUUUACGAGCCCCUCGAAGAUGGCACCAAGGACAACAUCUUCAUUUCCAAGAGCUACGACGCUACCUCUCACUUUGAAACCACCACUGAUGACGUGCGCGACAUAUACCGCCGCCUAGCCGGCGAAGAGCUCGUCGUCGAGGGUCUUCGGGAAGGUAUCCAGGUUGCCGCCGAGUAA